AUGACCACCAACUUCACGCAAUGCGCGCUCCGAUAUAUCGGGAAUCAGACACUCGAAUCGCGAUACAGUUGGCGUGGACCAACCCACCUCAUCGACCCCAACUCGACUACACAGAUCACCUUUGCAGGAUGUCUGGAGGUGUGCGGACGGGAACGCGACUGGUAUCCGUGGUCGCAGAGCUCCGCGACGAUAACGACAUGGAUCCUGCCAGUGAUCGGGAUGCUGUUGCAGGCGCCGUUCGAGAGCAAUGCGUUCUCGCAGACCAUGUUUGCGUUGGCGCGGUGGGUGGGGUCGCCGAUGGCGUCCUUGUCGUACAUCCUUUGGAAUAUCAGCGUCUCGGGCAAGUGCGCGUUGAUGGUGGACAUGUCCAUUCCAUACGACGAGCGGGUCCCCGACCGUGGAAGCGACUUUGCCAGUCUUCGCGACUCGUUUUUCAUCCUAACGAACAUGAACCAGUACACGAUGAAGCCCGUGAUAUCACUCAAAAAGGAAGUGGAAGGGCUGCUGAGGAUCGUGCUCUUCAGCAAGGACCUUCCGUUGAAGGGUACAAAUACUAGCCUGCAAGAUACCCGCGAAGAGUUGGCGCAGAAUCUCCGGGAAGGUCGCAAGCGAGGCGUGGUGCCGGUGUUCAUCGCAACAGCGUGGUUUCUAUUCUCUCUCGCCAUAUCGAUUCAGACGGCGUUUGGAUUCAUUGGCGAGAACGCGCAAGCGCACGACCUUGCCCUCGGCCUUCUCCUCGCAUGGAUGCCAGUCCUGAUACUCUGCAGCAUCGUGGAUCGCAACCCCGUCGCUUCAGAGGACAUCCGGAAGCGCCUCAACGGCCUGGUUGAUCUUGUUUGUUGGUCUCUUGCCAACAACCAGAUUCGAAACGAUUUCGUGGCGAGGUUCCGCGACCAGCCAGAGGGCCCCCGAAUGCGGGAAUGGGUGGAGAAAAUCGCGACGAUGUCGCAACAUAUCGAAGGAAACUUCUUCGUUAGCUUUGCUGGACAGGGCCGUGUGCGUUGGCACUAUGGCGCUGCGCACCCCAUCUUGUCCGAUAUUGAGAACUGCUACGUCGCAGAUCACGGCCGGAACUGGCUGCAGUACGAGGAAGAAGCGCGAGCGAAUCUGGUCCUGGGCCCGGUUGGCGAAGGGCUGAUAUGGUUCGAUAAGCGAGAACUCUGGCAGAUCGUCAGCGCGAUGAUCAUCGUUAGCUGCACUGUAUUCGGUGCUUUCACGCUCUCCUACUACACCCCGACGGUUGGGUUGGGCUGCCGAAGUGGUGGCUAUGUGAUAUUUUUCAUAUUCUCCGUUUCACUGCUCGUUGGCGAACUGUUGGUAUGGUGGUUCUCAUCCCCAGUACGGCCAGAUCAAAUGAAGUGGCUGGCAAGAGGGAGCACCCGCUUACAGAGUAUCUCCACCUUCAAUCGGCUCGAGCAACAAUCUAGUGGGAUGGUGAGAAGAGUCAACUCUAGUUUUGGUCGGUUCAAAGAGCGCUUGGAAGACAUCGGGGUCCAGUCGAUCGUAACAAUAGGAGGCUUGUUUUACCGCCGUGACCGAACAACCCGUUCGAAUCGGCUCGAACGAAAAGUUCGGCAGGCCUUGCAAACCUACCAUGGGUACUCGCUUCGUGAAUGGACUGAUCGCUUUGUCUUCAAGCCGUUGGAAGUCAUCAACGCUUUGUGGCUGGUGUACAUUGUCAUCGCACAAACAAUGGGCAUCUACAACACGUGCGAGUGCAAGUCUUCCAUCUGGGGGACAAUGGGGGGCUACGUUGAUCUCCAGCAAACGACUUUCACGGACAAUCCACUGAUCAUUCAGUAUUGGGCGGAAGGCGUAGUCCUCUCUGCCACCGUCAUGGGGUUAGCAAUGAUGUAUGUUGUCGUCGAGUGGUGUAUACAGUCCCACCUCAAUACUGGAAAUUACCACGACGCCAGACGUGGUCUGGUCCGGACUCGUCGUUUCCGUGUCCUGACUUUUUAUCUCCGAUACCCCUUUUCGAAGGUCAUCCACGGCGUCAAUUCUUUCCGGCACCGCCUCUGGCGCCUAUUGAAAAUAAAGCCGGGCCGCGAACAGAAGAGCCUGGUCUGGACGCGAUAUAUAACUUUUGACUAUAAGCCUCUCCGUACGAACGAGAUGGACUUUGAAGUCCUUGUCCACCAGCCCUCGCCGAACUUACAUGAAGGAUCUGAGUUCUUACCACUGGCAGACACCCCUUUGAUACAUGUACGUGAGCCCGAUGAAACUCAUACAUCUCCCGGCACCAAUCUCAGCGCCGAGCCCGCUUUGCGCAGGCUGUCUUCCUCAUCGAAUCCCCCAAGGAUCAGUUUCGACAGCUCGAGGUCGCCGCGUUCCGCUUCGGAUGCAAGUCUGAAUGUCCCACCGGGGUAUCCGAGACAGAAUCCUCAACAGUAA